AUGUCUGUCGAGGAAUUUGUUCGGCGGGUCGACGUCAAACGUCUCGGCUCUGGAGUUGCCUUGUUAUUUAUUCUAGCACUCUACUCGCCUGUGAUGGUGCUGGUGCUCUCCCCUGUCUACGGUUCCCUGCCAUCUCAUCUUUUCCACAGCUAUGGUGUGGCCAUUUCCGCUGGCGCUGGCUGGUUCUUGAAAGAUCAGAUCCAGAAGCGGAUCGGUCGCCUCGCUGCCACUAUUCUUCCUGUUCUGGCUUUCUGGACCCCUACCCUCCAGUACUUCCUCAUGCAGCAGAGUUCCAAGCUCGGGAAUCCAGCCGGCCCAGUCAUCACUGAACUGUUUGGCUACUACCCGCUUGUUAUGCUGACUGUCGCUGUUGCCGGCAAGCAGAUUCAAUACGCCUUGCAUCUAGAGUCGCAGGGUGACCUGGCUGUCGAGCAUGUCCCCCUAAUAGGCUCGUAUGUCGUCUAUUCCUUUGGCGAGCACGUUGCCCGAGCAAUUUUGUCUCAUGCAAUUGGAUUCACCGUCGUUUUCUCUCGUGCAGGUCUGCAGUUUCUUAUUGCAGUACUUUACUCUGCUGUUAUCCCGUCCAAAUUGCUGGUCUUCGCUAUCCCGUCUCUGCUCUUCUCGUUGACGUCUGACGUCCAUCUUGGCGGUAUUGGGGGAGUGAACUCUGCCCUGCGGAGUGAAGGCUACACUCUGCUGGCGCGCCAGGAGUCUAACACUGGAUAUCUCUCGGUUCUCGAGAACCAGCAAGAUGGCUUUCGGGUAUUGCGAUGUGACCACAGCCUCCUUGGUGGACAGUGGACCAAGGUAAACCCGGGCUACCGACCGGAGGUGGAGGACCCCAUAUACGCGGUCUUCGCCAUGCUCGAGGCUGUUCGAUUGGUUGAACCUGAUAAUGGUGGCUCGCGUGUGGAUGCUGGCAGCAAAGCGCUGGUGAUUGGCCUUGGAAUCGGUACCACCCCAGCGGCCCUCAUGAAACAUGGUAUCGAAACUACCAUUGUUGAAAUUGAUCCUGUUGUCCACAAGUUUGCAACCCAAUACUUCAACCUCCCUUCAAACCACGUCGCCGCCAUCGAGGACGCAACCAAGUUCGUCAAGCGUGCGCAGAAGUCUUCAUCUCCCCAGUAUGACUACAUCAUUCAUGAUGUCUUCACUGGUGGUGCUGAACCCGCCGAGCUCUUUACUUUCGAGUUUUUGAGGGACCUCAGCUCCAUGCUCAGAGAUGAUGGGGUUAUUGCUAUCAACUACGCUGGAGACCUUACUCUCUACCCAACUGGUUUGAUCGCUCGCACCAUCCAGCGCGUCUUCCCCUCGUGCCGUAUAUUCCGUGAACACCAAGCAGGCCAGGACGAGGAGAAUCCGAACUUCACCAAUAUGGUUUUCUUCUGCAAGAAGAGUUCUCGCACCCCUGUCCAGUUCCGUGAUCCUGUCUCCUCGGAUUUCCUACGCAGCAAGUCGCGUGAGAAUUACCUUGUCCCGAAGCAUGAGCUCGAUCCGGCCAUUUUUGCAACUAUUCCCCACAAAGGACGUUCCAUUCUCGUUGAAAAGGAAGUAAAACGUCUGCACAAGUUCCAGGACCGUGGAGCGCUGGAGCACUGGGAGAUCAUGAGGAAGGUUAUUCCUGCUGCCGUGUGGGAGAACUGGUAA